GCUGGGGCCCAGGUUUGUGUAUGAGAACAAGAACAUGUCUUCUCCUAAAGUCUACGUCUUGCAGCCUUGGAUUGCCAACCUCUUGGUGAAUUACGAGCAGCUGGAUGCCAAUGAGAAUCUCCUCGCUGGGCAGGUCCUGCGGGUUUUGAGUGACUCAACUGCUCCAGGCCAACCUGGGGUCCUCCAAGAUGCCGUCCUACAGGUCUCAGAUGGGUCCUACUACAUCCGCGUGGUCAUUACGUCCGAAGCUCUGCGGGCGGAGGAAAACACCCACAUGCAGCUCAGGCUUUCCAGCCUUAUUUGCAGAAUUAUCGUCUUGCAGAAGUACACGGUGUGUUUCCGGGAGGAGGCCAGGCUGGAGGACUGCGAGUUUUACCUCACAGCCCAGCGGUUCAUCGUGCUGCCCAUGGAGAGGCAGAGGUUGGAGUCAUCUGACGGGAACCAGGAGCCCUCUGUGCUGCAGAAGAUAAAGGAGCUCUGGCUGAGGAGUCUCGCUCUGAAGAACGCUCCCAGCUCAGAGCCAUCCAUCUCUCAGUUGAUCGAUGCCAUAGGACAGAACCAGCUGGAGGUUUUGAAGGAAAAUGCUGAGGAAUGCUUGGAUUUACGGAUGCCCAAUGACACCCCAGCGACAGUGAAGGACGAGGUUCCUGUCACCCAGUGGGAGGCAGAGCGCAAGAAAGAGCAGGGUGAGGACAUCUUCACGGUCCCAGCCAACACCCUGGUGAUCCCUCCAGAGGAGGAAGCAGUUGCUUGCGAUGCUUCCAAGGCAGACACAAGCGAGGCAACUCCCGGGAAGAGUGAUGAUGACAGGACAGUGCCGGGCGACUCAAGUGUUGUAUCCCAAGCCAGCCCCGCAGAGUCAACAGCCUUGUCGGAGAGCUCGGAGGGAUCCCUGGACAACCCCUGGAACAGGCUCCCCCCAAUAUCUUUGACCCUGAACUCUUCGGGUGAGAAGACCUUACAACACGACCUUUCACCAAAGACCCAGCAAGAUGUGGCUGCUGACAGCAACACCCCUGACUUGCUGGAACCGUGCAGCCAGGACACUCCCGAGGGCUUGCCGCAGGGAGAGCCAGUGCAGACCUCUUCUCCCUCCCUGCUUUGCUCCUACGGCAAUACCAGUCCGGUGGAGGCCGGCACCACCCGGGCAACGUCAGCUGCGGAGGCAGCCUGCGAUGCCCCCUGCGCUGCUCAAGGCCCGCAGGUAUCGGGGGGCUCUCAGGCCACCCUGCCAUCUCUUUCUCCGGCUUUUCCUGUCUUGCCCAGCAGCCGCUUGCAAUCCCUGUCCGAAGGGACGCCUCACAGGGAGCAGGCGGACUCCAGUGGCACAGCUUUCCCUCCAGAUACGUUGAAGCACGGUCUGGCUCGUGCCAGGACCCAGGGAGGAGAUGCUGUGGGUGCCAAGAGGAAGCUGCUGGCGGGAGAUGGCCAGGCGCUGCUGGCCCUCAGUGGGCGGCAGCAUCCCCGAAGUGCCCCAUGGGGCAGGGGGAGAGACACAGGCAGGAGGGUGGAGCUCGUGAGCACACGGGGCGCAAAGAAGAGCAGAAAGGAAGACACGGGGCUGCGGCAUGGAAAGCAGCUCUCUGAGGAAGAGGAGGAGGAAGCAUCCCCAGCAAGCGGCCCCAGCUCCAGGCCGGAGCAGCGCAGAGCUCUGCAGCCGUACGUGAAGGAGAAGCCGGUCCAGUACAGAUACGAGGCACCAAGCUCCGAGCUCUGCGAGCGGAUAAGAUCUGUCAGGAUCUCGAAGGCGAUGCUGAAGUGGGCGUGCUGGAUACUCACAGACAGGGAGGUGGACUCCUGAGCCCAGCCCGGCCUUCGUUUCUUUACCAGUUCAGCCAAAACAAUUUAGUGCUGCCUGGGAAGAGCAGUUAUGGGAGGGAUGGGGGGGACUCCAGGACCCCUGUCCCCGAGGGGACCGCUGAGUGGGUUGGCCUGGCUGCAGAGACCCUGGCUCCAGAGAUGCUGGGGACAUGACCUGUUGAAGGCCAGCACCCUCAGCGCUGAGAGGGGAAAGCAUCUGUUCAGGGAUGCCUGUGCAUGAGCCAGCAUCCCUCUCCCACCUCUCUCUCUCCAUCCUUUCCGAAAGCCCUGGCCCAGCGAGUGGGUGACAAGAGGUGACCUGGUGCCACCGUAGCAGGGGUGGCAACAAUGGCAGAGGCCCUACAACCUGAUCCCCGCUCCGAAGGCAGCGCAGGAGUUUGGACGUUUUAUUGAUUGGUCUAGGUAGGGUCCUGCACUGUUUGUUACA